AUGGAACCAUGCUCCCACCGCAUGAUAUCCGCAGAAGCAUAUCGACAAAAUUAAUCGACAAUCCCAGCAUCACCACCGCGCCCCGUCUUAAGGAGCGUCCACAGUGCAGUGUAGCCGAGGCCGGCGCCCGCGCACGAUCCAAAAAUACCACCCGGCCAUCCCAAACCGCGGCGUGCCCUGAGCGCAAACGUUUUAAAAACAAAACAAUUCCACCUACCAACUGUUUUUAUUCCAAAUUCGAACAUCACGUUCGUCUUUUGUUGAUUUGAACUAGUUUGGAUUUCAAAGUGUUGUGCCAGUGGUCUCAUGAGGGGCAUGUCUCCGACUGCCUUGGGGGCCGAUUUGCCCCAGUGGUGUGGCAAGGCUGAAAGCUGUCCCCAAGCUCUGCUGGGAUGGCUGUAUUUGACACACGACCAGAAUGACCAGUGGCUCCCGGGUUCAGUAUGGGGCCCCCUACCCACCGCGGCGACGUCCACCCAAGCGCCUUCAGACGACACCAGCUCUUUGGCAGAACAACUAGCAGCUCUGUCGCUACGGCGUCCACCGCGCCCGCCACCGCCCGCGUAUAUGUGUCACCUUUGCUUUAAUAAGGGACAUUACAUCGGAGAUUGUCCUCAGGCUCGUCCUAAAGGCGAGGGCUUGACGCCGUACCAGGGCAAGAAGCGAUGCUUCGGCGAAUACAAGUGUCCCAAAUGCAAGCGCAAGUGGAUGUCUGGCAACUCCUGGGCCAAUAAUGGGCAGGAGUGCAUCAAGUGCAGAAUCAACGUGUUUCCACACAAGCAGAGACCGCUCGAGAAGCCAGAUGGCCUGGACGUGAGUGACCAGUCCAAGAUCCAUCCACAGCACCUGUGCCAGAAGUGCCGCUCGCUUGGUUACUACUGCCGUCGAGAAUACUAGACCUGGAUUGACGCCCCGUAGGUUCAUGUUCUUCUCUCACUCUCAUUGAGUAAAAGUGUGAGCGAGAUGGAUGUGCGUGCUCGGGACCGCAGAUAUAAUGUUUUUGAAUUUUAAUUUGCUGUAAGUUUUAACAAAAACCGAUGAUUUCCCUCAAAAAGAAAAUUGUGCAUUUUUAGAAGCAAUAUUCAUAUUCUUAGUUUUUGUACAUAAGUUGUUACAAAUUUUUAAAAUGCAUUUGGAGUAUUCCAUGAAAUUGUCUUCCGUUGUUCCGUACAGACGCGAAUUUUCUAAAGAUUUGCAAGUGCAAGAGUUUCCUUUUCUGUGACUAAUGGUCAAAAAUAUGCACAAAAAAAUAAUUGCUUCCUUUAAACGCCGAAAAAAGUCGCAACACAGGAAAUAAAAUGCGACAGCCCGUGGAAUGCUCCAUUUUAGAUCUAUGUUCGUGAAAUCACUAGAGAAAACCCUCAAGAUUGCUAAUAAUUUUUUUGUAAACGGAAUUUUGAUUUAAAAAAGCGAUCCCAUUUUUCAAAUUUUCCGUCUCUGAACUUACGGCAACUUAAGAAUUUAUCAUGUCAUUACGUGUAUAAUUUUUCAGUCUAUAUCAUUUCAUAAUUUUUCGGUAAUUUAAUCGCCAAAUCGGUACUUAUUCCUAUCGGGAGGAGGUAUUGGUUUAGAUCAAGUUCACCGUGAGGUAUCGAAUCGAGUAUCGAAGUUCUCCCGACUGAUAACGACGCUGUUCUUAAUUUGGUGUACCUAUGUACUUGUGGUGUGGAAGAAAAAAAUACACCAUCAAAAUAAAGACUUAUCUCAGUACAGAUAAUACUCUAAGAAAGUCUUGAUCCGUAGAUGAUCGUUUAUUUAAAAUAUAUAUUUUUCACCACACCCUGAUAAAGGCUCUCUUGAUACUUCAAAAACUGAUGUGAAAGUUUCAUUUUAUCCACACGAAGGAAUUAAAUGCAAAUUUUGAGUUGUUUCCUUAUGUUGGCUGGCAGAAUUGAUUAUUAAAUGAUGAUUUUGAAUGAUAAAUUAUAUUAAAUUGAUUUGGUUUUAUUUUAUUUGAUACUUAACAGUUAGUAUUUUCCUUAUGUGUGGUGAAAAAAAAAGUAUUUUAAUUGGUGGCAAAGUUUGUUUAACCCAUUUGCCCUGAAACAAUCACAUCGCUCAAGAUUCAAUUUUCGAACAACUCGCUACGGUCGUGGCUUAAUUUUGGAAUCUUUCGCUUGCUCAGUUAUCAAUAUUACCACUAGGGGUUAAACAACAAUUUUGCCCCCUUGUAAAACGAAUAACUAUUGUCCCUUUUUAAUUUAUCCAUUGAUAAACAGUAUAACACUUAAAAAGUGGUUGCUCUCUAACCAAUGACUGUGUUUCUCCAAAGAAUUAAGGUUUAGAUUCGCAUAAAUGGCAAAUGUAAACAAAACGAUCGACCGUUAUUAGAUUUAAGAUGAGUAUUUUAUAAUUGUUUUGAAAUAUUUAAUUGUAUAUUUCGUAUAUUGCUAUUGUUAUGGGUGUUUGAUUUCUAGCAUAGUGCUUAAUUGGACAUGGUACUCGCAGUAUCACUUCAAAGAUUUUUUAUCAUUUUGUAAAGCGGGGUCACGAGCAAUCGAGUGAUUCUAAUUAUUUUGCGAUGAUAUCAGUGCCCCUAGUGUAAAUUUAGUCGAUAGCGAAACGUGACGUACGCGUUUGCGUUAAGUCUCAUUUUGUAUGGGUUUUUGAACAGCGCGCCAAGCGGGACGUUUUGGAAAGUCAAAAAUCUCAUACAAUGUCAUUUUGUAUGAGAUUUUUGACUUUCCAAAACGUCCCGCUUGGCGCGCUGUUCAAAAACCCAUACAAAAUGAGACUUAACGCAAACGCGUACGUCACGUUUCGCUGUCGAAAAUAUUUACACUAGGGGUACUGAACAUUGAAAAUACUUAUGUUUCAUAAUUAAAUAAGAAAAAAUAUAUCAUACAUAUUAUUUCAUACGGUUUAGGUAUUAAGCCCUUUUAAAUAUGUUAAACACGUGAGUGACCCCUUUUUAAUGUAUUUAAUAUGUCUGUGUCUCACGAAAGUUUUGUUAUUAAAAAUAAGCAAUUUUGGUUUAAUUUAAAGUCUUGUCCUUUAUAUUCAAAUCAGCAAGCAUUUGAAAUUUAUUAAUUUUAAUUGAGUGCUUUGGUUGUUUUAGUGGACCUUUGAAUUAGAUAUAUGAUAAGUGUUUUCUCCAAAUGGCAUUACGGUUACUUAUGGAUUUAUUUGUAUAUUUAGACGGUAAAUUUGUUAUUAAAAAUGUAAAAUGUUUCAUUUUUUUUAAAACUUACAUUCAGCUGCAGAUAUACAGUAUGUUUAUUAACUAAAACCAUUACUCAAAUCCGUAAAUGUUUAGGUCUCAUUGAGUAACGUUUACUAUGGGAGCAACCCCGAAAUAUCAAAAUAAAACUUGGCUAUUUCGUACAUCUGCUGGUCUGGCGUUAAAAUUUUCUAUGGUAGAGUAAAUUUUUUUUUUGAUCCGGGGUUAGCCCCAUAAUAAAAGUUGCUCAGUAUGACCUAAAUAUGAAUAUUGAGUAAAUGGUUAAUAAACAUACGGUAGGUGUACACAUCUGAUCUCCUCUGCAUUCAGAAGAUGUUAGAUGUUUUUAUUUGCAUUUGAUUGUACAUUUAUUAACAGUUUUUACUAAUAUUCAUUGAUGUAAAGGCAGCUAUUAUUAUGUAUAUAAUGAUAUAAAGUUUAUAUUCAUUUAUCACCAUUCUCAUUUCGAUUAUCAUUCUAUAUUUAAAAAAAUACUGAUAUAAUUAAUAAAAUAUUAUCACUAUCAUCAAAGUCAAUUAUAUACAAAAUUAUUUGUAGUUUAUUUUAUGCAUGACUUACAAUACUUAUUCAUUGUGCUAAAUUAAGAACGACAAUUUUAUAAAUAAUGUGGCUCGGGGCAGUUUAAUUUUUUUGUUUAUUUUUGGUACUUUUUUAUAUAAUACCGAAGGUAUUUUUCUGAAUAUGUAUAUCGUUCAUAUGAUAUUCACAUCGCAAAAGAUUUUAAAUGUUAAAUACAUAUGAUUUUAAGUGUCCACAAUGAUCCCGAGUCACAGACAACUCCAAAGAAUCUGUGAAUUCUUCAACGUGCCAAAAUUAAUUAUAAGAUUUAAUUACAUUAGACUAGACUUUUAUGUAUGUUUAAUUGCAUUAUACCAGUUUAUUAUGUCCAAGGCUCGGAAACUGGUUAAAUUUCUAAACCGUUCUCAUGUACUUGGCGCAAAACCUUUUAAGUUCGGUUUUCAUCAAGUUCUUUUCAGAUUAACCGGUUUAGAACAAUAAAAACCGGUUUCUUCUAAUGUGGGUGUCUUUGUUUAAGCGAAAGCGGCACACCACCAAACAACAACCAACCAGUUUAACAAGAACAAACCAGUUUAUUUAGGUUAGGUCGCGUAAAGUGCUAUUCGAUAUGUAGGUAUGGUCAAGGAAUUAUUUCAGUACCAUUUCGUACCUACCUUGUCACAGUGACAAUAGUUUGAGGUCCUUAGCGACUUUCAUUAAUUGCCAUUGCCAAGGUUCGAAAUGGUACUCAAAUUUAAUCCUUUAAGUGUACUAUUGGACAAUACGUAACAUAACAUAUUUGUUUUUCCCUUCUUUUUAACUGUAAGUAAGAAUUCAAAUUGUUUAUUCGUAAACAAUAACUAUACUAUUCCGUACCGUGAUAUCUCACCAUUUUGUCCUUGGGAGUACCUUCAUUUGUCAUCCCCGUCCAUAUUAUCAUAUUUCAAACUUAAAAUAUGUUGUCAUUGACAUAUAUAUAUCCAAGGGCGGGCCUUACGGGCACUAAGAAUGGUGCUAGUUCAGCGGAGUCACUCACGAAUUCGGGCCAACCGUGCAGUCUAACGCAACUAGUUGCGACGAGGACCAAUUCCGCAUACAUACAAUGACGCAUAAUGCGAACUCAUCGACCAAUCGCGUUGUGGCGUUAGACUGCACGAUUGGCUUGAAUUCAUGUGCAUGACACCGCUGUACUGGCCCCAUUCUUAAGGCCCGUCCUGAGAUAUACGAGAAUGUCAAUGUAUGUUGUAUAUGUUGAGAUCUUUAUUACGUAACUAAGCAAACAUAUCUUUCAGGGCAAAAUGGAUAGUUUCACGGUACAAAUAUUUAUUUAUUAUUGUUUUCUAAAAUAUUUUGAACAAUAAUCAAGUAAUUCGUUCAUGUAAUAAUUGUAUACUUUAACUAUGUUGUUACUAUUGUUCGAUCUUAUAAUUAUUUUCAUCCUUGUUAAAAAGUUUAAUUAAAAUUUCUGAUAAAUUUGGUAUACGUAUUGGAAUUUUUUUAUCGAAAAUAUUAUGCAUGCCAUAGAUUUUUAACGUUUAACAUAUUGAUAGACACUCCGAUGUCUACGUUCAAACUAAAAGUUCGUCUUCUAAACUUCUAAACUUACUCUACUUCUCGUAAACGAGAGAAGAAUUUUAUAAGAAAGCAAUUUUAUUUUAAAUAAUUAUAAAUACUUACACUUGAUGAAUAUUGGAUUACCUAUUUUGAACCAAAGCGAUAUAAAAAUAGUUAUAUAUAGAAUAAGCUAGUAUGUGCCAUAACUGAGAUCAUAUUAUAUUGUGUUCUUUUGUUUUUUUUUUGUUACUUUUGAGAUUUGCACCGUUUAUUACAUUAAUUCAUAUAUAUUUUUAAAUAUAAGUAAUCGCUGAAUCAACGGUGCUUGUAAAAUAAUAGAAUAGGAUGAAUUAAUAUAUUUAGCAUAACACUGAUUCCUUCUGGAUGUUCACGCGACAGAAGUAUAAAAAAAAAGUUAUUGUGAUUGCGAUCCUUUAUUGGCAUUUAUAACUCGUUGACGUAUUUUAUAAACGAUAGAUUUUUUUGACAUUUUCAAUUAUUUAGUAGACGUCAAAAUUUAUGCAUGUUCAUGUCAUUCAUGAUGACGAGCGAAUUUGACAAAUGUAUUCUUUAAAAAAGUGGCUGUGACAGAAUCGGACAGACAGACGGACAUGACGAAUCUAUAAGGGUUCCGUUUUUUGCCAUUUGGCUACGGAACCCUAAAAACAUGACAAUACGAAGUCAAGGCACGCGUCUUCGUGAAUGACACGAACCAUAAUGCAAGUCGGUAUAAGUAGGUACUUGCCGAAUAACAAAAAAGGCAAUUUUAAAUAUUUAGUUGUAUUUUAUAACCCGUGCAGUACAGUCAUUCUCAUUUAAAACCGUUUUAUAAGUAUAAUCAUGUUUUAUUAAAAAAAAAGUUAAUUUUGUGGCCUUAGGAGUACUAGAGUCAGACCAAGACAAGUCUGCAACAAUUUUGGUAGCUCACGCAGUGCAAGUGUUGUUUUUAACUUCAAACUUCUAAAAGACUAAAUGGUCGCGCACUGUGCGGUUUAAGAGGAAUUUCUUCCCGCGUACGCUCCGGCUGUAGAAUGAGCUCCUUGGCGAGGUUUUCCCCAGGGUAUACAGUAUGGGGUUCUUCAAAGGAGUGUACAGGUUUUUAAAGGAACGGCAACGCACAUGUAACACCUGGAGUUGCAGGCAUUCAUAGGCUACGUGGUAUAAAAAAAACUUGCAUUGCGUGUGCUAUCAAAAUCGUUGGAGACUUGUCUUGGUCUGAUUCUAAGUUGGAAGACAGACCUUUUGCGUUUCCUUAUAUGUACGACUAUGUUAAAAAUAGAGUAAGUUUAGUGAUGAGUAUUACCGAUUUUGUAUUCCUUAUUAUUGAUGAACAUAUUAUUGUAACUCGUUACUUAAGUAAUUAUAAUUUUACGAUGAUUUAUAACUUUCUAUUAAAAUAAAAGAGUUUAAACA